UUCGAGGGUGUAUGGAGAGCAUUUGAUGCGAUGUGUCAGGCUGGAACAAGAUGCAUACAUAUGGAUAGACUCAUCCUGCAUGAGAGGGAGGGGUGAGCGUUCGUCAAGCACUGGUAAUCGUGUCUAUUCCCAGUCAUCCGAUUAAUGUUUUUCGAUAAGGUCCUCAUCGUAGCCAUGGCACUGGGUAAUAUGAACCUUAUUGUUAUUCCGGUUGGAUAUAUUGACACUAAGGAUUGCGCACAAAUCGUAUUGCAUAGCAUCUUAGCAUCUCAAACACCACUCAACCGUCAUCAGAGCAGCAAUUGCGGCAUGUCACGCAUUAUCGUCAAUAAAAGUGCAGGAGAAAAUGUACUCGUGUCCUAUCCGAAAAGAGGAUCUUCCCAGUUAGAGAUUUUGUAGAACGGGAUCUCUGAAUGGUCAGCAUUGGUAGCAGGUCAUUUAUAUUGCACGUUGUAUGUC